GCUGAAGGGUGAACUGGAGCUGGACUUUGUACCCAGGACUGUCACCCCCUUUGGCUCUGGCCUCCUUCACCUUCUCCUCAUCACUAGAUGCUUUCCUCCUCAAUCCAAGGCAGGAAGUUUUCUACAAUGGCAAACCCUUCAGAGACUGGUAAUAUUUCUCACUCGAGACAUUUUUUCCACCCUUAAUGUCAGCUCCAAGUCUUUGGUCUCAUAUUUGCUUGCUUUCUUCUCACCUAAGAAGAAUUAAAAAAAGAGCAGACCUUGAAGGAUGGAGGAGGUUAGAAAAAGAAGAGAUGUAGGAGGGAGUCCUGUAUGCAGCUAAAUAGUAAAGAGCUGGCUGUCUAGCUUUAUUCUGUUGCAAGCACCUCCCAUCCUACCUAAGAAGCUUGGAAUAUGCCCAUUCCUUUGAAUAUAAAAGAACUUGUUUCUUUCUUUUAUAAAAUACAUGGUAUUGCUAAAAUGUGAAUGUUCUAGGAUGGGUAGCUUUUAGUGGAAAGUUAAUUUGAAGAGAGGUACUCAAUGGGAAGAGUCACAAAGCGGGAGAUUGAAACCCCCAAAGCCAAAGCUUCCUACUUAACCAAUUGUAUCUAUAUCUGUCCCUUGAAUAUGCUCUAUUUGAAUGCAGGGGAGAAGACAAAAGGUAGAACAAUUUUUAAUCCAUCCAAACACAACCCUUAUUCACAGCACACACACACCUGGAGCCAAAGCAGUGACAAUCUAAAAACAUGUAGCCCAAAGCUAAGAUCCUUUCAGAUUUCCAGCUUACAUCUUUUCUAAGCAUAGCUUUUCCCUCUUAAUUUUCCUUUGAAAAUACCAAAGUAGCUCCAAAAUUCCCACAUAUGUUCACAUUCCAAACUGCACUCAAGUUUGCCUGGCUCAGGUGUGUGUGUGUGUGUGUGUGUGUGUGUGUAAAUCUGUAUUCACAGCACCUGUCUAGGACCCCCCAGGAGGAACCAAAGUUACAGAGAGCCUAGCGACUGUAACUCCAUCAAAGGGAGCCUGUGGCAUUACUCUCUGUCCAUGAGAGAGUACGCACAGAUCUUUUCUCCUCCUCGUGGUCAGUUUUCUCUUUGUGAUUAGUAAUUGGCUUCUCUUGGUACGCUACAAUCUAUUACAAAAGCCAAACGUUCAGAGGGCGAACUGAAAUGACACAAUUUGGUUAUAAUUUACGUUGGCCCCGGACAUAUAUAUAUUUUUUUUAAUGAUUUGGUCUCUAAGCAACUGAUCUCUUAGCAACAAGAAGCACCUUUAUAAAAGAUGGCACACAAAGAGUGAUUGCCAGAAAGCCGCCCGGUUCUUAAACAGCCGCGCAUCAUUAGCAAAACUCACCAUCUUCAAGAGUCCAAACAUUAGAAGUGACCAGCAGACCCAGAGCUCUAAAUUGCUGUGUCUGAGGCUGAUGAGAGCAAGAUGGUUUUGGAAAUGCUGAAUCCAAUGCACUAUAAUGUCACCAGCAUAGUGCCAGAAGUCAUACAUGUUGGCACCAUGCCGAUUCUGCUGCUCAUGGGCCUUCUUCUCUUGAUUUGGAAUUAUGAGAACACAUCUUCAAUACCAGGUCCUGGAUACUGUAUGGGAAUUGGGCCCCUCAUUUCCCAUGGUAGAUUCCUGUGGAUGGGGAUUGGCAGUGCCUGCAACUACUACAACAAGAUGUAUGGAGAAUUCAUGAGAGUCUGGAUAGGUGGAGAAGAAACACUCAUUAUCAGCAAGUCCUCAAGUAUGUUCCAUGUAAUGAAGCACAGUCACUACAUCUCUCGAUUUGGCAGCAAACUUGGGUUGCAGUGCAUUGGUAUGCAUGAGAAUGGCAUCAUAUUUAACAAUAAUCCAGACGUCUGGAGAGCAGUACGACCUUUUUUUAUGAAAGCUUUGACAGGCCCUGGCCUUGUUCGAAUGGUGGCAGUUUGUGCUGAAUCCAUCAUAAGGCACCUGGACAGACUGGAGGAGGUCACCAAUAUGUCGGGCUACAUUGACGUGUUGACCCUCAUGCGGCGCAUCAUGCUGGACACCUCUAAUAUGCUUUUCUUGGGGAUUCCCUUGGACGAAAGUGCCAUCGUGGAUAAAAUCCAGGGUUAUUUUGAUGCAUGGCAGGCUCUCCUUCUCAAGCCAAACAUCUUCUUUAAGAUUUCUUGGCUAUACAAAAAAUAUGAAAAGCCUGUCAAGGAUUUGAAAGAUGCCAUAAAUAUUUUGGUAGAAGAAAAAAGGCAAAAGGUUUCCACAGCAGAGAAGCUAGAAGACUGUAUGGAUUUUGCCACUGAAUUGAUUUUUGCUGAGAAACGUGGAGAUCUGACAAGAGAGAAUGUGAACCAGUGCAUAUUGGAAAUGCUGAUUGCAGCACCUGACACUAUGUCUGUCACUGUGUACUUCAUGCUGUUCCUCAUUGCAAAUCACCCUAAAGUUGAAGAGGCAAUAAUGAAGGAAAUACAGACUGUUGUUGGUGAAAGAGAGAUAAAGAUUGACGAUGUGCAAAAACUAAAAGUGAUGGAAAACUUCAUUUACGAGAGCCUGCGGUACCAGCCCGUCGUGGACUUGGUGAUGCGCAAAGCCUUACAAGAUGAUGUGAUUGACGGCUACCCCGUGAAAAAGGGAACUAACAUUAUUCUGAAUAUUGGAAGAAUGCAUCGACUCGAGUUUUUCCCCAAGCCUAACGAAUUUACUCUUGAAAAUUUUGAGAAGAAUGUUCCUUACAGGUAUUUUCAGCCAUUUGGCUUUGGGCCCCGCAGCUGUGCAGGAAAGUACAUUGCCAUGGUGAUGAUGAAAGUUGUCCUGGUUACACUUCUGAGGCGAUUCCAUGUGAAGACAUUGCAAGGAAAGUGUGUUGAAAACAUACAGAAGAGAAAUGACUUGUCCUUGCACCCAGAUGAAACAAGUGAUCUGCUAGAAAUGAUUUUUACCCCAAGAAAUUCAGACAAGUGCAUCAAACACUAAAGAAGGUUGUUCAGUGACUACUCUGGAACAUUUCUCAUCAGUAGCUCACAU